AAAAAUAAUUUUCAAAAAAUACAAUUUGAUUUGAUUAAAAACUUAUUUUUAAUUACACAAUCUUCAUCGAUGCAGGAAUCUACCAACACUUCUGUAUUACUUUUACUAAUUCAAAAAUGUUUAUGAUUAGAAAUGUACAUAUUCUGGCGAAGAAGUUUAGUAGAAUCAGAUUUAUAUCAACCUCUCUCCCGAGAACCGAGGAAAUAUCAGAAAAAUAUAUAGAUGAAAUUUUAACAUCUGAUAUCGAAUACAAUCAAUUAACCAACGAAUUUAUACCGUUAUCCAAAAGCCACAAAUGUUUAGUAUUACAACCCUUCGUAAAAUGGGGUCCCCGCAAACUCACUAUCACUCCAUCCGAGCAAUUGGAGGAAGCUGUAGCUCUUAUUAAAACUCUACCAUCAUGGAACGUAGCAGACACAAUUGCCGUACCUUUAGAAUCACUAGACAGGAAGACUUUAUUCAAGUCGGGUACCAUGGAACGAUUAAAAAACAUGAUACAAAAGAGCCCCGAUAUAACAGCUGUAUUCGUAAACACCAGUAACAUGAAGAGAGUAACGAGCGAUAUUUUACACGAAAAUUUCAGAAUUCCAAUAUUAGAUCGUUACAGGGUGGUUAUUCAAAUUCUGAAAAUCCACGCGACUACCAAACACGCCAAGCUGCAAGUAGCCCUAGCAGAAUUGUAUUUCAUUCGGCGCAAAGCCGAAACCGAUAGAGUAUUUGCAACAGCCGAUAAGGAAAAACUGAAGCUCAUAUUUCAAAGUAGAGAGCAAAAACUGAAAAAGGCCAUUCAGAGAUUGAGGGAUGAACGGAAGCUGCUGAGAAGCAACAGGAGGAAGCUCGAUUAUCCUACGGUAGCAGUUGUGGGUUACACGAAUGCAGGAAAAACUUGCUUGAUUAAAGCUUUGACAGGGGAAAAGUCCCUGCAGCCUAGAAACCAGCUUUUCGCUACACUCGAUGUGACUGUUCAUUCUGGAGUAUUACCAUCCGGUUUGAAAGUUCUUUAUGUGGAUACUGUUGGGUUCUUGACUGAUUUACCUACAAAUCUUCUGGAGUGUUUCAAUGCUACUUUAGAAGAUGCUGUUUUAGCAGAUGUAAUCUUGCAUAUACAAGAUCUGGCUAGUACUUGUUUUGAGUACAAAAGAGAUCACGUUGUCAAAACUUUGCUGGAUUUGGGAUCAGAAACCGAUGAUGUGGAUAUAACAGAUAAAAUAUUUAAUGUUGGUAACAAAUGCGAUUUAAUAAAUGAUAUCAAAGACGAUAAGUUGUUGAGAAUUUCAGCGAAAUUGAAUAUAGGUCUAAAUGAAUUGCGGGAGGAAUUAGAAAAAUUAAUUUUAAAGACAACUUCUAGGCAUCUUAUGACGAUUAAAGUUGAAAACGGAGGACACGAAAUAAGAUGGUUGUAUAAGAAUGCUACUGUGGUCUCCGAGCAUGCAGAUGAAAAUAAUUCGCAAAGAAUAAACGCUAAAGUUAUUAUUACAGACAGUAAUUUACAAAAAUUUAAACACGCUUUUUUGAAGCGUAAAUAAUUAAUUUCUGAAUUUGUAUGAGACUGGA